GGCACACGCUGAACAAGGACACGCUGCCUCGUUUAUGGAACAUCAGAUGGCGCAGCAGGACGACUAUGGUCAUGGUGCCAACGACCCAUCUUCACCUAGUACGCCGUCUAAUCCUAAUACGUGGCCCGCUUCAACAUCAUCUUCAGCGUCGCACUCAAGCUCCAGCACUACAUUUGAAGAUGCAGACGAAGAGUAUGGAGGCCAUUGUGGGCACGCAGUUCUUGACCACUCUAAGAACGAUGAUGUUGUGAGAAGGUUUUGGUCAUCGUCCAACAUGGACAGUCUUGAUCCUAGAACGCGUGGACUUUUGACAAUGACUCUAGAUGCAAACGGGGACUCAGAAUUUGUAACUUCUGCACCGUCUACGCUACUGCAGCAAGAUGAAAUAGUGCGGAGA